AAUAAUUUUGCCUAGUUUCAGGCUAACACUUUUUUUACUUCUUUCGUAUCAAUCCAAUUCAACACCAAAUAAAGAUGGACAUUUGAUUCGGUAAAAAACCAAUCUAAUUUACACCAAAUCGUACCGCACUGCACCAAAUAACGUAAUAAUCUAUUCAAUAUUCAAAAAACAAAAAAUGAAACUGUUUCGGAGAUCGUGUCCAUACGACCAAACCGAGGUCCGCUUUUUCUAAACCAUUAAAUUAAAUUGAUUCCCAAAGCGCAACCCAUAUUAUGUCCAUGGAUGGUGGUGUGUGCAAAUGGCUAUGGGGAACUAGACCUCCAUUUCCGGCCAAUUGGCCGAGCUAUAUAUACCUCUACCCACUCACGUACUGAAAUAAAAUUAAAGCCCAGUGAAGUCCACUCCAAUUAGGGAUCAGAUGGAGCCAAUAAAGAGCCACCAGUCCAGUCCACCCACAAAGCAAUCCCACUCCAAGAGCUACCACCCACUAAUUAGUUAAUUAAGGAAUACUAUACCACAUCAAAACAUUCCUAUCAUACUUCUUUACUUUUCCGUACUAUGAUCUCUUACCAAAAUUAUGUCAAAGUAAGGUUUCCUUAAUUAUGCGUGUGUGUGGAUAUGAGUUGGAGUUGGACAGACGUAACAACAACAAUUCUCAAUCUCUUUUCCUUACCAUCGUGUUCAAAUCAAACUUUGCCAAAUAUAUAGUUAGAAAGUCUGUGCAUAAGAAAGCACGUUAAAAGAUGAAACUUUGCUUGAUGUGGAUUAGCAUGCAAAGAAAUAUAUAGUUGGUUCCACCAUUCUACAUAUACUAAGCUCGAUAUUACUCUGCUUCAUAGUAUCUAUGAUGACGAUGAUGUCUUUUGUGCGCAUAUUGGUGGGACUAUUUCAUCUUAGUGCAUGUCCGCCUCAAGGUCUAUACAAAAGAUUGUAUAUGGAAAAUAUUGAAAUUGUCCUUUCCAUUAGAGAUUUAUAGUGUUUCUAGUCGAUAUAAGUGCACCGUACAUAUUGUAAGAAAGUGGUUAAGUAUGGACCUCUCCUAACAACUCGAGUUAAUAGGGUUUCUAAUGCAAUUAAAUUCGAGCCAACAAGCACUAACGAAAAAGAAGUCGCGCGCUUGGACAUAACUUUGAUUCGCUUGCUGAUUUUUUAAUUCAAGAAUCUAUAAUAAAAAAUACAAAAAUUCGAAUGAUACGGUAAAUAAACGAAUAUAAAUUUCUAUUUUAAACCUCCUACAAUAAUUCGAAUUGUUGAGACCGAAUGAUUUAAUUAUGUGAUGAUAUAUAUAAAAAUCGGUCACCAAAAACUCGUUUAUGUAUCUUAAUCCUAUUAACCCUUAUACUAAUUAAUACUUAAUUGAUGCACAUAGUUCACUACUAUUUUCAAACACAAUAAUAUAUAUAUACAAAUAUAUAAUUAUUAGGACCAACUAAUAAUGAGUCAUUUCCAUAGUGUCCAAAACCAAUAUGAUGCACAAAGAUAUGUAUAUAUAUAUAUACCUCUACCCACCCUCGAUAUUGAAAUGGAACAUACCUAGGCCACAAAGCAAACUCCAUUGUAGUCUAUAUCCAAAUUACAACGUAACUCUCUACCCAAUGGAUCAGAUGGAGCCAACAAGAGCCACCACCCACAAACCAAACCCACUCCAACUCCAACCCACCAACAACAACAAAAUCCCUCACAAUCACAACCACAACAAGACAUUUCUCAUACUCCUCAACUGCCUCCUCCUCGCCGUCGGCCAGGUCGGCGGCCCCAUCCUCUCCCGGAUGUACUUCCUCCACGGCGGCACCCGAAAGUGGCUGGCCGCAUGGAGCGUCAACUCCGGCUUCCCCAUCCUCCUCCUCCCCAUCGCCAUCUCCCACUACUCCAACAACAACACACGCCGCCACAACCGCAAUAACCCUUUCGUCCUCACCACGUGGCUCUUCUGCUCCAGCGCCGUCGUCGGCAUCCUCUUCGGCGCCACCAACUACUUCUACUCCUUCGGCGCCUCCUACCUCCCCGUCUCCGUCAACUCCUUAGUCAGCUCCUCCCAGCUCGCAUUCACCGCCCUCUUCGCCUACCUCAUCGUCAAGCAAAACUUCACCCACUACUCCAUCAACGCCGUCGUCCUCAUGACGUUCGGCUCCGUCAUCCUCGGGGCCCACAUGGACGGAGACAUCCCCAAGGGAGAGACCAAGGCCAAGUACAUCCUCGGGUUCGUCAUGACGAUCGCGGCUGCCGCGUUCCACGGCUUCUCCAUCACGGCGUUAGAGUUCGCCCAACGGAAGUCCGGAGUCGCCGUCACGUUCGACGUGGCCAUGCACGUCCAGUUCGUGGUGUCGCUUUUCGCCACCAUCUUCUGCACCGUCCCCAUGGUUGUGAACAGGGACUUCGAGGCUUUGUCGGAAGAAGCGGCCGAGUUUGGUCUCGGGGAGACCAAGUACUACGUUGUCGUAUUCGGAGCGGUGAUGGCGUUGCAGGUUAUGGUGAUAGGAGGUUUGGGUUUGUUGCUGUGUUCUUCGUCGCUGUUUACGGGGCUGGUCACGUCGCUUCUGGUCCCGGUUCAGCAGGUGUUUGCGGUGAUCUUCUUGCGAGAAGGGUUUAAUGCGGAGAAGGCGUUGGCGUUGGCUCUGUGCCUGUGGGGUUUUGCUUCUCACUUGUAUGGAGGGUACAAGGCGAGCUUGAAGAAGAAGAAGAAGAACCACGACUACGACGUAGAAGAUCAUGGUGAUGGUGAUGAGCAAGGAGCAAAGAGUAGUGGUGAUCAUGCUUAGAAAUGGACUUUUAAGUGUAACAAGUGUUUAAAGGUGAAAAGUUGUGAGAGCUCGUUUAGUUCGGGAGAGGCUAUAACUACAUCUCUCUUUUUUAGUGGCGGAAUAAAAAAAAUCUCAGCUCGUGUAGCUCAAGAGAGAUUAUAAUCCGAUCACUUUCCUUUCAAUAAAGGAGCCAGGAGCUUGAACAGAUGAACAAAAAUAACAUGCAAAUUAAUCUAUUUUCUAAAUUUAUUGCAAAGUUUUACUUGUAUUUUAAACUACAAUUAAAAGGGUAUAGUUUGAAAAGUUGACAGAGCAACUACAGAUAGUUCAAAUUCGUCGUCGAAAUCCUGCAUCUAGCAGAGAAAAUAUUCUUCUCGUCAAACUUUGAAUUGCUGAAAAUCAUAUUUUCUGUAGUGAUAAGCUUGUCUAGCUUAGAAGAGGCUAUAAUCCAAUCUCUUCCGUUCAAUGAUGAAACCAUAAAAAAAAAAAAAUUUUGAUAAUGGUGAAGCUUUAUUAGAAAAGAGAACAGCUGUACACAAGGAAACAGGAUCAAGAUAAAUUUGAGCGCGUGUAACAAAAAGUGAGGUUAUAUUUCAAUAUCUUUCAUAUUAUAUUUGAUAUGACUUGACAAUGUAAUAUGAGAAAUGGACUAGGAUAAUAGUUUAAUAACAGUAUAAUUAGGAU